GAUUCUAACCCUUUAUGUCGUAAAAUUGUCAAAAAAAUUUCCUCGAACCCUAUAUUGCAAAGUCUUGUUAUUAGCUUUUACACAUAAUUUAUUUUUAUCAUUUUCGAGGUUCACAAAGAUUAAACUCACUGGAUUCCCCAGCCUUUGCCUGAUUAAAAGGAUGAUGCACGUUCUUCUGAAGCCUAACAACGACGAAGUCAGGGCUUUGUACCAAAAUCACAAGUCAUUUUACGAAGGCGACUGCGGUUUGGACCUUUUUUGCGUCGAAGACCACACAGUUGAGGCUCACGAUACGUCUAUUAUUAAUUUGGGUGUCCGAGUCUCGGCCUUCAAGAAGCUGGAAGACGGAAGCACAGGCAAAUCCGUAGGAUGGUUAAUGUUUCCUAGAAGUAGUAUGGCUAAAACACCUCUCAGAUUAUCAAAUUCAGUUGGUGUUAUUGACCCUCAGUUUCGAGGUGAGCUGAGGUUAUCACUCGAUAACAUUAAGGACUUCCCUUACACUGUUAAGAAAGGAGACAGACUUGUUCAAAUGGUUUCAUAUGACGGAGAACCAAUAACGUUUGAGGUUGUUGACGAGUUAGAUGAAACUCUAAGAGGAAGUAAAGGCUUCGGUUCCACCGGGAGAUAAUCACUUGUUACUUAUAAUCCUAGUUUACAUGAAUCCAGCAUGGUUACUGAUAAUUGAAUAUUGUUAGUUAUA